AAAUUAAACCGGAAGUGAUUUGUGCCGUGAGUCGAUUUGACGCAGAAGUAUUUUGUUUCACGCUGCGAAGUAAAACUUGCAGGUGUCUUCACAUUUCCACCACAUCUGCAUCUCUUCCACCGCCGAACAGCAGCGGGACUUUCUGGCAGACUACGCAUUCCUUUGAGCUUACCCACGUUGUGUUUAGCUCCAUCAUGUCCGGGCACGGGCAUGGACACUCACACGGCGGAGGCUGCAGCUGCGAGGGGGAGCAUGAGCCCGCGGAGAGAGGCGUGGAGUACGGGCUCUACCGGCGCAUCGACCUGGAGAAACUGCAGUGUCUGAACGAGAGCCGGGACGGGGACGGAAAACAGGUGUUCAAGCCCUGGGACCAGCGGACUGACCGGGAGAAGUUUGUGGAGAGUGAUGCUGAUGAAGAACUUCUGUUUAAUAUACCUUUUACAGGCAGUGUGAAGCUAAAAGGUAUCAUUAUCUCUGGGGAAGAUGACGAUUCUCAUCCAGCGGAGAUACGAUUAUUUAAAAACAUUGCCCAGAUGUCCUUUGAUGACACAGGACGGGAACCCGAACAGGCCUUUAGACUCAACAGAGACCCCACUGCAGAGCUGGAAUAUCCCACAAAGAUUGCUCGGUUUACAAAUGUGAAUCAUCUCUCCAUUCACAUCCCAAAAAACUUUGGGGCAGAAAGUACAAGAGUCUUUUACAUCGGCCUGAGAGGAGAAUACUCUGAGGCUCACAGACAUGAAGUCACAAUCUGUAACUAUGAAGCAGCCGCGAAUCCAGCAGAUCACAAAGUGGAGAGCAUCAUCCCUCAAACCAACUUUAUUUCCUGAAGCUUUAAAAACACGGAAGAAGACUCAGACCUGAAAACUGUGGCUUAAGAGAGUGGUGGGGCUGCAUGAUAAGAAAAAAAAACAACUUUCGAGUAUUGCCUUAACAAACCUUUAUCUGAAAGGACUAUAUCAAAUAAAAUAAAAUUCUUAACAACAUUUUCAAUAAUUAAAUGGAUAAACAAUCAGUACAUUAAGUAUUACAAAAUUUUGACAGUGUUCAUUUAAAAGUGCACUCUGUAACUUUUCUGGUCUCAGUGGAGGUAUUAUUGGUUUGCUUGGAUUGUUUCACAUUAUGGCAUCUUCCAUGUAUUAGAUUAUUGGUGUUUUUAUUGCUCAAAAUGCCUCUGAAAAUCAUGCAUUAUUAUUGUAAAUGGGGAAGCUUCUAUAGAGAUGACUUGUAACUUGCCCUCGUUUAGUGCCAUGUGGUGGGACAUCCCAGGCAAAGCACUAACAUUUCCAUGGAGUCAUGAACCCUCCUCCAGAAAAGAUACACAGUGCACCUUUAAAUUAAACUUAAAAUUUAAAACUCUUUGGUCAGAUUGUAUUAACACCGAAAUUUAAAUGCUUAAAAAACAGGAUUAAAACCAAUAUUUUAAAUUACCAUUCUCAUUUUCACUAAUAUUUAGAGGAUUAUGUAUUGGAAAUUUGUUGUUAAUUGUUAAUUUAUUGCAAUUCAUAAUUGUAAUUUUGCCAUCUGUUUGAUUUGAAUUGAUGCCUUUGUGCCAGGUUUAAUAAGUUUUGAAUUGUCAAGAGCUAGAUUGAAUAUCUGCUUUGAACUAAGACUGUGCCAAGAUGUCGCUAUAGUUUCACAGAUGACCAUGAACAAAGUACUUUAUAAAUGCAUGAAUUUCAAAAUGCUGAAAGCUUGAAAAUAAGUUGUUUUGUCUCCACUGUAAUCUAUGAGUUCAAUACAGAAUAAUAUGUAACAAAAGCUGCAAUUAAAGUUAUGCAAUUUCUAAGUAAACAAGCUUGUCUGCCUGGUCAAAUUA